UUUCCUGUUUCUUUUUGAUCGUGAAGUGUAAUCAUGGCGGUCGGCAAAAAUAAGGGAACCUCCAAGGGAGGCAAGAAAGGAUCGAAAAAGAAGGUUGUGGAUCCGUUCACCCGCAAGGACUGGUACGAUGUGAAGGCCCCGAACAUGUUUUCGUGCCGGCAGGUCGGCAAGACCCUGGUCAACCGUACCCAGGGCACCCGGAUUGCCUCCGAUGGUCUGAAGGGCCGCGUGUUUGAGGUUUCUCUGGCUGAUUUGCAGAACGACACCGACGCGGAGAGAUCUUUCCGCAAGUUCAAGCUGAUUGCCGAGGAUGUUCAUGGCCGCAACGUGCUGUGCAACUUCCACGGAAUGGACUUGACCACCGACAAACUGCGGUCCAUGGUCAAGAAGUGGCAGACCCUGAUUGAGUGCUCGGUCGAUGUCAAGACCACCGACAACUACCUGCUGCGUGUGUUCUGCAUCGGCUUCACCAUCAAGGAUCAGGUUUCGCAGCGUAAGACCUGCUACGCCCAGCAUUCCCAGAUCAAGGCCAUCCGCAAGAACAUGACCCAGAUCAUCACCAACAACGUGACCAGCUCGGACCUGAAGGAGGUCGUCAACAAGCUGCUGCCCGACUCCAUCGCCAAGGACAUUGAGAAGGCGUGCCAGGGAGUGUACCCGCUGCACGACGUCUACAUCCGCAAGGUCAAGGUCCUGAAGAAGCCCCGCUUCGAUCUGGCCAACCUGCUGGAGCUGCACGGCGAUGGCGGUGGCAAGGGAGCCGAAGUGUCGACUGGUGCCGCCGAGGGUGGCGUCGUCGUGGACCGCCCCGAGGGAUACGAACCGCCAGUGCAGGAAUCGGUCUAAGGCGCGAGCGUGUGUUAUUCUGAGAAAUGUGUGUGUUCCCCCCCGUCAAGAUACAGCAACUAAAACCAACUCGCUGAUGGAUGAAAAAAGAACAGAAAUACAACACUAGCUUCGUUGUACAAGAA